GGAGCCCCGUUCCGAGGGGGGGUCCCAGAGCCGGUCCCUGCUCCCCCGGUGGGGACCCCCCAGGCCGCGGGCCGCCCCCUCCCGUCUAUGGGGCAGGGUGUGUCUGGCUGGCAGGGGGAGGAGGCUGGGCUGGGCUGUCCCGGGACACGCUCCAAGCUCCCCCCACAACUUCCCCUUCCCGGCCCAGCGCCGCGGGACCCACCCAGCCGCGCACCCCCAGGCCGUGGGGCCGGGCGGGGAGACCCCUGGGCAGAGGCUGGCACCAUGCAGACCCUGGCUGGCCCCUUCGCGGGGGGCAGCUCGCUGGACGCCUCGGACCUGCAGGUGGACGGGGACGAAGUGGAGGGGCUGCGGGAGGGCGAGGAACCAGGGGAUCCGCUCUACCCCUUCCUGGUGGUCUAUGACCUGAAGCCGCUCAAGUCGCAGGGGCCAGUGUUUGCCAAGGGGGUGCCAGUCACUGCCCGGGUGGAGGGCACCGAGCGCUACACCACCGGCUCCAAGAUCCGGCCAAGCACACUGUACUCCCUGCGACUGACCCACGGGGAUUUCACCUGGACCAUGAAGAAGAAGUUCAAGCACUUCCAGGAGCUGCACCGUGACCUGAUGAGACACAAAAUCUUCAUGAGCUUCCUGCCCCUCUCCAGGUUUGCUUUCCAUGGGUCCCGUGCAGAGGCCACCUCUCUGGAGAUGCCUGCCCUGCCGCAUGGGGGUGAUGGCACUUCCAGACGCCCCUCCAGCAAACAGAAGUACCUCGAGAGCUACCUGAACUCCCUGCUGGAAAUGUCCUUCUACCGCAAUUACCACGCCAUGGCGGAGUUCCUGGAUGUCAGCCAGCUCUCCUUCAUCCCCGACCUGGGACCCAAGGGCCUGGAGGGCAUGAUCCUGAAACGCUCUGGCGGGCACCGAAUCCAGGGGCUCAACUGCUGUGGGCGCCACCAGAUCUGCUACCGCUGGUCGAAGAGGUGGCUGGUGGUGAAGGAUUCCUUCCUGCUGUACCUCAAGCCGGAGUCAGGGGUCGUCUCCUUUGUGCUGCUCUUCGACCCGGGAUUCAGCGUCAUGGUGGGGAAGAAAUCCACCGACAGCAAGUACGGGGUCCGCAUCGAGAACACCGCCAGGACGCUGAUUCUGAAGUGCAGCAGCUACCGGCAGGCGCGCUGGUGGGGGCAGGAGAUCACAGAGCUUGCCCAGCAGCAAGGCGACGAUUUCCUGCACCUGCACCGGCACCAGGCCUUCGCGCCCGUCCGCGAGGGCACCCCCACCCGCUGGUUCGUGAACGGCGCCGGGUACUUUGCAGCUGUGGGCGACGCACUGAUGCAAGCGAAGGAGGAAAUUUACAUCACCGACUGGUGGCUGAGCCCUGAGAUGCACCUGAAGCGCCCGGCGCAGACGGACGACUGGCGCCUGGACAUCCUCCUGAAGCACAAGGCGGAGGAGGGCGUGCGGGUCUGCGUGCUGCUCUUCAAGGAGGUGGAGCUGGCCCUUGGGAUCAACAGCGGCUACAGUAAGCGGGCACUCAUGCUGCUGCACCCCAACAUUAAGGUGAUGCGCCACCCCGACCACGUCUCGUCCGUCGUGUUCCUGUGGGCUCACCACGAGAAGCUGGUGGUGGUGGACCAGAGCGUGGCCUUUCUUGGCGGCCUGGACCUGGCCUACGGGCGCUGGGAUGACCACCACUACCGGCUCACCGACCUGCCCCCCGGCACCAAGGUCAGAGCCCCCCACUCGGCCCCCUCCUCUCCUGGGGAGCCGCCUGCCCCAGGGCCCCAAGCUUCUCUCCCCCCGAUUGCCUCCCCCCAUCUCUCUCUGGACCCCGCUCCCCACGCCGGGCUCUGGCUCCCUCCGAGCGGGGUGCUCCUUGGGGAUGAGCCGCCCGUCAACCUGGCAGCCAACCAGCAACUCUGGCUGGGCAAGGACUACAGCAACCUCAUCACCAAGGACUGGGUGCAGCUCGACCGGCCCUUCGAAGAUUUCAUUGACAGGUCCCGGAUGCCCCGGAUGCCCUGGCGGGACGUGGGGGUGGCCGUGCACGGCAGAGCCGCCCGCGACGUCGCCCGUCACUUCAUCCAGCGCUGGAAUUUCACCAAGACAGUGAAGAACAAGUACCGGGGCCCGGAGUACCCCUGCCUGGUGCCCAAGUCGCUUGGUGCCACCCACCGCCUGCCCGGCCCCCUCGCCGGCGCCCAGCUCGCCAACGUGCAGGUGCUGCGCUCGGUGGAUCGCUGGUCAGCCGGGACCCACGAGUGCUCCAUCUACAACGCCUACCUGAGCCUGAUCCAGACCAGCCAGCACUACAUCUACAUCGAGAACCAGUUCUUCAUCAGCUGUGCGGACGGGCGGGCAGUGCUCAACACGGUGGGGGACGCCAUCGUCAGCCGCAUCCUGCGCGCCCACAGAGAGCAGACGCGGUUCCGGGUCUUCGUGCUGCUGCCCCUGCUGCCCGGGUUCGAGGGGGACAUUGCCGAGGGGGGGGGGAACUCGAUCCAGGCCAUCCUGCACUUCACCUACCGGACGCUCUGCCGGGGCGACUCCUCCAUCCUGUGCCGCCUGAAAGCCGCCAUUGGGGACGAGUGGAAGAACUACAUCUCCAUCUGCGGGCUGCGCACCCACGGGGAGCUGAGCGGCACCCUCAUCACCGAGCUGGUCUACAUCCACAGCAAGAUGCUCAUCGCCGACGACCGCCGCGUCCUCAUCGGCUCUGCCAACAUCAACGACCGCAGCCUGCUGGGGAAGAGGGACAGCGAGCUGGCCGUGCUGGUGGAGGACGCGGAGCUGGUCCCGUCGCUCAUGGACGGGGAGCCGUACCAGGCGGGGAAAUUCGCACUCAGCCUGCGCCUCGACUGCUUCAGGUCGCUUCUGGGGGAGUCGGGCGCCUCCAGCCUCAACAUCCAGGAUCCAGUCAGCGACCACUUCUUCCACGGGGUCUGGAAAGCCACCGCCCUGAGCAACGCUAACAUCUAUGAUCAGGUGUUCCGCUGCCUCCCCACCAACGCGGUGCCGUCGCUCCGGGCCCUGCGGGGGUACGCAGGGGUGCAGAACCUGGCCGGCGUCAGCCCGGAGCUGGCCCGCCAACACCUGGCCCAGGUGCGGGGCCACGUGGUGCAGUUCCCCCUCCGGUUCCUGGCCGAGGAGUCUCUCCUGCCCCCGCUCAACAGCAAGGAGGGCAUGAUCCCCGUGGAGGUGUGGACGUAGGCGCCCGCGGGGCCGGAGCUGCGUGCCCUCUCCCUGUCCGGGGGGCGUGCCCGCUCCACCCCACCCCGGGCGGUGACCAGAGACCCCCCCCUCCGUCCGGUGAGGGGGGCUGGGACCAAUUCUCUGCCCGCCCAGGGGCAGCCCCUCUCCCUGCCCGUUGGCACAGCCCCCUGAACCCCGCGGGCAGGGCCGCCCGGCAGCGCAGCAUGCCGGAGGCUCACCCCUGGCGGACGGCCCGCACCCACCGCCCCGCUCCCCACCUCCCCCCGUCACUACAUUCCAGAGGCCGACUUCCCACGGGGGAGGGGGGGCGCAUCACACCCCCUCCUUGCCACUACUAACCGCUGAGUGUCACCCCGGCCUCGCCCACUGGGCACCCCCCGGCCAGCGGGAGCCCUCGCCGCCCGGCCCCACACAACACUACUGCUGCCUGGGUUCCUCCCGCUCACCGUGGGGAGGCUGGAGGCAGGCACGGGAGGGACGCGCCCACGCCCCGGGAUCUACCCCGCAGGCUGCUAGGUCAAAGGGGUCACCCGCAGGGUGGCCCACAGAGGGCUGGGCGGGCAAGGGGGGGGUCCCUGGGGGUUUGCUCCCUGGCAGCACCCAUCCCCCUGUCACGGGACCAGCUCCUAACCUGCUUCUCUGAGAUGGUUUGUUACAUAAACGCGCUGCAACCGUG